AUGUCUAAAAUAGCUAAAGCCGUAAUCAAACAAUUUACAAAAAGGAAACAACUAAAACAAACAAAAACAGUCUUACGAGCGACGGCCAAAAGUUUUAAGAAGAUCUCAGAGAAAAAUAGGUUCAGCCCUUCAGUUCGCGAGGAUACCAAAACAAAAAAAUUGACGACAAACAUUUCACCAGACCGCGUUUUGGAAUGUAUACACGUUGAACAUUUAGGUUAUCAGACGAAGAGAUUUUGCUUGCAAACCAUCAAAUUGGAAAACAAGAAGGGCCUCCGAAAGACACAAGCAACAUUACUAAAGGUUGCUAGUAUUAGUGCGAAGAUUAUAGCAAAGUUGCUUAGACUAACUGGAAUAAAGACGCCAAUAAUCAAAUUAGGAGCGACGAGCGACAGGAAGAAGAAAAGAAAAGAAAAGAAAGAGCAUUGUCUGAAAACAAAGGGACGAGAGCAUUUUCGCUUCGCUAUAAGUUACAUUAGUAGUUUUCAAGAGUUACUCAUUAAUUAUUUUACCGUUUUGUACGUAACCAUUACGUGCACAAGGGCAUAA